AUGUCAGCCUCAGCCCCUCAGGGCCAUCCAUGGGCCCGACAGGUGAAGAAGGAAGAUGAGGAAGAGGGCCUGCUGGCCCAGCUCAUCUCCCGCUCCGGCUGUGCUGUCUCCCACUUUGCAAUGCACCAAGACGGGCAGCGGUGCUGGCCACAGGUGCGGGCCUCCAGAGACUGCGUGAGUGAACGGCAGGCAAGACGGCGAGACGAACUACAGAGGAGGAAAGAGCCAGCCAGUGCCCGCCGCGACAACCCCCAACCUCCUGUCCCUGGAGGAUGGUCCCACAGAACCCAGCACGCAGAGCAAUGGGGAAAGAAAUCCUGCAUGGUGGAAAUGCGGACCAGGAGGUAUAAAACUUGA